CAAUGGCUGUUGAAGCAGUGGUGUUUGUGGUUAUCCAAAAGGUCAGAGACCUCCUGAUUCAGGAAUCCAUAAUUUUUGAUAAAGUCGUUGACCAAGUAGAAGACAUCAGACUACAUCUUCGGCGGAUGCGAGUCCUUACAGAUGCAGAGGAGCAACCAGAAACCGAUGAGGCAACCAAGGAGUGGGUGAAAGAUUAUCUGAAUACAUUAUAUAAUGUGGAGGACAUAGUUGAGUCCUAUGUCCUCAGACUAGUACGCAAGAAGACAAAGUUUUGCUUGUUCCAGAAUCAUGGAUUCUAUCUUCAUGACUUGUUGCAGAAUUAUGGGUUCUAUCUUCAUGACUUGACAGCCUGCCAGAAGUUCCGCAGGAAGAUGAAGCAAAUUGAGGAGGAGAUCGAAAGGCUGAAUAAAGGAAAACCAGAAGGCGCUAAAGAUGCAAGUUUGAGAGGCAUUUUGCUCGGGCAAGAACAGACGCAGCUUUCACAAGAAGAAAUCACCUCUGAUAUGAAUACAGGUAGUUUCUCCAAUACAAAGGGGGUGCUCAGUCGUUAUGAUUCAGAAGAUAUAGCUAUGGAUGGAGAUGGUAAGCCAUUCUGUAUUAGGGAGCUGAAUGAGUCUGAGAGCUGGGAUUUGUUCCAGAAGAGCUUAGGCAGUAGUCAACUCUCUGCCCCCAGUUCUCUGAAGAAUCAGAUUCUUGAGAUAUGCAAAGGCUUACCCCUCAUUAAUAUCGUGCUUCUUGGGGGUUUCUUGUCCACCAAGAAGAUGGGAGAGUGGGCCCAAGUCCUCAGCCAGUCUAACUGGGCUAGCUCCAAUCUCUGAUAUGCUGAUCUCCCUGCAGACCAUAAGUUGUGCUUGCUCUACCUGACACUCUUCCCGAAAGAAUUUGACCUCUCAGUACGGAGAAUUCUCCGGCUAUGGGUUGCAGAGGGGUUUCUGCAACGCCCAACGGGUUUGGGUGAAGAUUUAGCUGCAGAGUGUUUCAGUAAUUUGGUCAGAAGGAACUUGAUUAAAAUAUCCAAGUUUAGGUCAGAUGGAGGCCACAGAAAAUGUCAUCUGCCUGGGUUUUUAUACAAACAUUUGUCACCCAAAGCUCAGGAAAUCAGCCUUUUUCAUAUCCAUCAACAAUCACCAGCACCACCCCGUAAAACUCCCGAUAAGACACUAGCAAACAGAAGCAGCCUUUCAGAAUCUGGAAUCCGUAGAAUUGUAGAAUAUGCUGAUAUCAAAGAUUUUACUUCUGAUACAAACUUUCAAAAUCUGCGGUCUUACUUCUCAUUUAACGUUCAGAGAUAUGACACUCCAGCUAAAGGAGUAGAAAACUUACGUAAAAUCAUAGGGGAUAAAGGUUUUGGGCUGCUACGGGUGCUUGACCUAGAGGGGGUAUAUAAACCAAUAUUGCCUACGACAAUGAAGCAUCUAUUUCAGUUGAGAUACUUGGGCCUUAGGUGGACAUUUCUCGAUAGCCUUCCUGAAUCUGUGGGUGAUCUUCCUUACCUCGAAACUCUGGACCUAAAGCGCACACAUAUCAACACUUUGUCGAGUUCUAUUUGGAAACUGAAGCACCUCCGACAUCUAAAUCUCCCUCAGGUACGUCUUGAUAUGACCAUGCAUCAGCCUAGUUCACAACUGCUGACACUUUGGGGAUUGACUAUUGAUGAUGGCUGCAAUAUGGAAACUGGGCUGAAGCAAUUAGGUGAGCUACGAGAGUUGGGCAUAACUUGCCAAUUAAAACAAUUUGAUACACUGCUAAUAUGGAUUGCAAGCUUAACUCAUCUUCAGUCAUUAAGCUUGACAUCAAAGGAUGAAAAUGGGUGCCCUUCCAACCUCAGCUUGGGUCCCUCGUCAGAACUAGACAGGUGCCCUUCCAACCUCAGCUUGGAGCCCUUGUCAGAACUACACAAACUUUCUCGCUUAAAGUUGCUGGGAAAGCUGAGCCAUCGACUCAAUAAGGAUCAGUUCCCACCAAAUUUAAGAGUUCUCACAUUGUCUGUCUCACACCUAAAUGAAGAUCCCAUACAGAUUCUGUCACAGCUGCAAACCCUCUCUGUCCUCAGGCUCCUGGCUAAAUCCUAUCUUGGACAGGAAAUGAGCUGUCCACGUGGCGGAUUUAGUAGUCUUCGUGUAUUGAAGCUGUGGAUGCUGGAUGAACUGGAGGAAUUCAGAGUGGAGCAGGGAGGAAUGCCCAACAUCAGAGAGCUACAUAUCCGACGUUGCCUGAAGCUGAAAGCGCUUCACAAUUUGCUGCAACAAAGCACCUUAGAGGAACUGAUACUGACCAGUAUGCCAAAGGAAUUCGAGGAAAAUGUUCGUAAGAACAAAUCUGAGCAUACUAACCUCCAGACCAACAGCUAUGAGUUUACUCCUUUGCCGUGGGAAAAAGAUACUAGCUUGUGGCCUACUCAGGAGUGCACCACAUCAAUUCAAGGUACUCAUCCAUGAAGGGCUAGCGUAAGCAUUUAUUGAUUCACCUGAAAGCAGAACUUCCACAGAUUAUAUACCACUUAAGUGUGUCAGCAUCAGUAUAAGCCCGUGAUUUGUGAGCUCCUGCGUGUAGUUCUUAUUCUCAUGUUUUUUUCAUUUCUUCUUUCCUUUUUUUCCUUGAUGAAAGGUGUAUCAGAAGCAGGGAAUUAAAACUCUCCCGUUCCGUUAUUUUGGAUUUGCCGUUCCGCGAAAUCCCGUUACGGAACGCCAUAAUAAAAUUCAUGUACUUCUCGCCG